UAAACAAAAUGGUGCGUUUGACGCAAAAGCAGAAACAGUUUUACAAAGAGAACGGUUAUAUUUUACUGAAAAACGUACUCUCUGGCGAGGAGUUGGACCAGAUCUCCUUGGAAUAUGACGAGCUGUUCCUGAGGAAGAGCCAGGAGAAGAUGGAGAGCUCCUGGGUGGGCAGUGAUGCUGACGAUAGGAAGAGUGAUAGCGCACACACUGUGAAAGGUAUUCACAAUUUGCAGUAUCACAGCGCACUCUUCGGCCAGUUCCUGUACAAUAAAAACCUUCUGGACGCCCUGGAAGACGUCAUGGGAACCAGGAAUAUUGUUCUUCACCACACUAAAGCACACUUCAAGCCGCCGGAGAAGGGAGCAGCUUAUCCGAUGCACCAGGAUUACCACUACUUCCCCCAUAAGAACGACUCCAUGGUCGCAGCGUUCCUCCACCUGGACGCGGCGAACCCUGGCAAUGGGGGGCUGUUCGUCUACCCUGGCUCCCACAAGCUGGGUCCGCUGGAAGACUUUGGUGCUAAGGAGGGAGAGUACCACUACGUAGAUCAGUCCAAAUUCCCACUCGAAAAGGCUACACCAGUGGUCGCUGAGCGUGGGGACAUCGUCAUCUUCUCCUAUCUGCUGGUCCACGGGAGCUCACCAAACAGGUCUUCCAAUCGCAGGAGGAUGCUGCUGGCCCAGCUGGCGGAUGCCCAAGAUGUUCCCGUGGGAGAGCAGCCCACGAGGCCAGGCCAGGGGUGGGUACUUAGAGGCAUCAAUGUGGACAGGGAUGCCAGUAUUAGUAAGAGGUUUGAGAGGACUGGCUAGAAUAACAUACAUAUAUACCUUCCCUUACGCCUGUCUCUCAUUAGGGUAGGCAGGAGACUAUGGACUUCCAGUCGCUUCGAUCCUUACAGAUCUCUCUCUCUUCCUCAACACUCAUUACUCUUUAUAUGCAUAUUCGACGAUUACGGGUACUCAUCACAUCUCCCUUUUUUAAGACAUUCGAAAUUUGUUCCUCGAAUGAUUUGGCUAGAAUAUAAUUUGGUAUUUAUUGUAGAAAGACUUCUUCCCGGGGGAGAUACUGGGAAAAGUCAAAAGUAGCAAGUUUUGAGUAGUCUGAUAUGUGCCAAUCGACAGACGUCGACGUAGACCGAGGGCCAAAAGUCUCAUUAAAAUCGGUUAUUUAUUACGAACAACAUACGUACAUAUAAUUACGUCUAUCUCCCUUGCUGGGUAGACAGGGCCCACAAACUCAUUGAGCAGGACAGCCCAUGACCCAAAAGAACUUAAGAAUGUACAAUUUCAAGAUUUUUGUACUUAUAGACGCAGUGCCACCGUGGUCUUUACCUCCCUAGGACCCUUCAUAAGUGCCUUUUUUUGGUCCUUUUAUCUACUUCAACGCUCCUAUCCUAUGGCGGCUAUUUGCUGGAUCUCGUGUCUAUAGCUUAACCCACGCUCUCAUAAACAUUGUUAAAC